CUUAAUAAUACCUUAUUAGUUAUAUUAUAAUUUCCAGGUAUCGGCAACAGCCACGCUCUCCAUUUAUUCCCAUUUUGAUUUUGCACAAAAUUUUUUUUAAUUUCAGGAUGCUUUUACAAGUUUUUCUUUAAGAAAAGAAAAGGAUCAGAUUUCUUGGAUGAGGCAGUGAUUUAUUAUUAUUAUUAUUUUUAAGUGAGAGGGGAUUUGGGAGAUUUAAUCGUAAAAUAAUUGGUGAAAAUUGAAAGAAUUAAAUUGAAGCGAGUGUAGUAAGUAAAAAAAUAAUUAGAAAAUGGAGACACAGAUCGAUUACUUUUUCAAGCUACUGAUGAUAGGAGAUUCAGGCGUCGGAAAGAGUAGUCUUCUUUUAAGUUUUACCGCCGGUACCUUUGAUGAACUAUCUCCCACUAUUGGAGUCGACUUUAAGGUGAAACAUGUUACUGUUGGAGGCAAGAAGCUAAAGCUUGCAAUUUGGGAUACAGCUGGGCAGGAACGAUUCAGAACAUUGACAAGUUCUUACUACAGAGGCGCACAAGGGGUCGUUAUGGUUUAUGAUGUAACACGAAGGGAAACAUUUACAAAUCUUUCUGAAGUAUGGGCUAAGGAAUUCGAACUCUACUCCACAAAUCAAGACUGCAUCAAGAUGCUUGUUGGAAACAAAGUUGACAAGGAAAGCCAGAGGGUUGUGACAAAGAAAGAGGGAAUAGAGUUUGCAAGAGAAAAUGGUUGCCUUUUCAUUGAAUGCAGUGCUAAAACACAUGUCAACGUACAACAGUGCUUUGAUGAGCUUGUUCUAAAGAUUGUUGAUACACCUAGCCUUUUGGCUGAGGGGGCCAAAGGUGUGAAAAAGAACAUGUUUAACCAGAAGACACCGGAAGCCAAUGCUGCUACAGGCGCUUGCUGCUGAUCUGGUUCUUUUGUUUAUACACUCCAUCUCCCAAAUCUCUAACCACAGCGCGUUUAUUCCCUCCCAGUUUUCUGGUAGAAUAAUUAUAUAAACUUCAUUUCAGUUUGAUAUUGAUAUUUCAUAUGAAACGUGAUUUCCGUGUAACAUAGCACCGCUUAAAAUCUUGAGCUCAUCAAUUCGAUUUAUUCAUAUUAAUCUUCAAAAGAAAAGAAUUUAUUAA